CUUACAGAAUACAGAGUCUGGCCUGUAGAUUAUAUAGUUAUAUUAUAGAGUGAUUAAAAGCCCACUAUACGAGGCAACGUGCGUUUAAACGUCACAGUAAUAAAUCACGUAUAAAUUUACACAAGAUUUUAUACGACUGCAGAGAUGGAAAAUGUUACAUAUCCAUUCGGAUAUGAGUCGGAUUUUCACACAUGGUUGCUCGGCGAUGGAUUUGUUAUUGAAAACGGAACGAAACGGGGUAUAGAAUAUAAUCGGUGGACAAAAACAUAUAAUCGAACUUUGAACAGCUUUGAAUUUGAGUUUCGUGCUUGUGGGAAUACUGUUAAAAAUAUAGAUGCUUUUAAAAAUAAACCUCCUAUUGUCCAGGAAACACAUAAGGCUGAAGAUAUAAAGCUCAUUCCAACAUACGUACGUACAUCAGAAAACUCAUUUGAGCAAAAAAAUAUAGGCAUUAUAUCAAAAAACCUAAUUGAAUCAAGUCAUAAAGCUGGGAUUGAACAAAAACUGAAACAGGAUUAUACAAGUGGGAAAUUAGAAAGAAUUGCAGAGCAAGAUGCAUGUUUAAGCACUAAUCCUCCAUUAAAUGCAUUAUGCUCAAACAAUGACACUGUUAAAAACAUUGAAAUUGAAUCACAUGGUUGUGAGAAUACUGUUAAAAAUAUAGAUGCUUUCAAAAGUAAACCUAUUAUCCGGGAAACAUAUGAGGUUGAAGAUAUAAAGCUCUUUCCAACAUGCACACAUACAUCAGAAAACUUAUUUGGAUUAAGUCAUAAAGCUUGGUUUGAACAAAGACAGAAACAGGAUUAUACAAGUAGGAAAUUAGAAAAAAUUGCAGAGCAAGAUGCAUGUAUAAGCACUAACCCUACAUUAAAUGCAUUAUGGUCAAACAAUGACCCUCUGUUAAGUGAAACUAUGGUCAAUCAAAAGAACAUGGCCUACAGGACUGGAGAAUCAGAAGUUGAAGGAAGCGAGUAUGAACUGAGUGAGGAAUAUGCAGACAUGUUGCAAUGUCUUGAAGAUACAAAAGAUGUUGUCCUACCCAAAACUGCAAAGAAGAAACAUAAAAAAAACAUAGAUAAGUUAGUCAAACAACUAAGCUCUUGUAAUUUAGAAGAGAAUAAUAAUCAAAAACAGAACUUUAUGGGUAGAAAGCUGUCUCAAAAGAUGAAGAAAAAUAAAGAAGAAAAAUCAUUAUUUUCUUGGACUACUAAGUCUCCUACAAAUAAAACAUUAAUGACUGACCAAUUGGUGUGUCAACAUUUACAGUGGCUAGAUCCAAUGUUAUGUGAUAAUGGUAGAAUGUUAUGUAAUAAUGGUAGAAAAAGGUUGAUACAUCAGAGAUUUACUAUUUCACCAGAUGUGAAAUCAAUAGGAUUGGAAAGAUGUCAAAUUAAAGAAGAUAACACUGAGCAUAAAGUAGACCAAAUCGGAAAUACUGUAGUAGACGAUAAGGCAAAAUUAUUUAAAAAAGAUUCAAGAUGGGUCAGUACUCCACCAUGGAUGACCAAGUCAAGAGAGAAGUUUAAUCGCAGGUUUUCAACAAUUCGCUUAAAAACAAAUAAAAAAUUCAAUCAAGAUAUUUCAAACGUAAAAGCUAAAGAUAAAUGUAAUUCCUACCCGGUUAAAGAAGUAAAUCGCGAUUUUCACUUUCAAAAAUUAAAUAAAAUACAGAAAAAGAAAAAUUUACCUAAUCCACCUAACCAUAAGAGAAAAAUUAAAAUACAAAAACCGAAAAUUGAAGCAAAUGAAUUAAAUUCUUUAAUAAAAAAUUUAACGAAAUUUAAUCUUACUGAAAAGGUAAACACAAAAACCGUUAAAAAGAAAUUGAUAAUACCUUUUCUAGAUCAUCCUACACCUGUUUAA